AUGGCCUUGCCUGCGAGCGAGUCGCGAUUCCCCAUCGGCGAGUCGUGGAUGCACGGCGUCCCGCCCACGUGGAUUUGGGACCUCGAGAACGUGCAUAGUUUGCAGCACCCGCGAGAAGAGUGCAUAACGCGAUGCGAUGGCACUGGCACCGACGAGUCGCUGCCCGGAGCUGCGCGAACAACCUGGCGUUCUCGGCGGCCUGGGCGGCCGCGGGCUUCUUCGGCUGGAACACCAGCAGGCGCCCGGGACAAGUGGCUCAAGUACAUGUCCCUCCAGAACUUCCUGCUGCACACCGCGGUCAGCGAGUCCUGGAUCCACCUUUGUUGGGCCAGGCUCACCGCCGCGGUCGCGGCGGAGGGCAGCACGAGCGCGUCGCCCCGGGCGCUCGUGAGCUGGUUGAGCCUCGCCCGCGGCGUCCUCGCCCAGGGGCGGAGAGGACGCUGGGGAAUCUGGGGAUAG